AUGUCCCCGCAAGUUGGACAGUCAUGUCCACGACGCUUGGAAUUGGAAUUGUCAAGCUCGACCAAAGCAGCAACCAAUUUUUUCGCCGAAAUUUCUGCCUUAUUGGCCCCUCUACUUGGUGUGCUGACAUCCAACCCACAAGCCGUGUUACUGCUCUGCAUUUUCGCGCCUCAAACUGCUGCCCGGGACCUCUUCACUAUGAUCGGCCUGCAAUACUCCAGUGCCAAAUACUCUCUCCCCUACAGCCGAGGAAACGUGCUUCUGUCCAUUUUCCAAGGCGCCCAUGGUUUGUGUGUCCUCGUGCUACUUCCCUUAGUCACCCACUUCAUCGCCGACCGACGGGGAUGGACCGCCUGGGCUCGUGACCGCCUAUACUCCAUUGCGUCCAUGACGGCGACGGCAUCCGGCCUAAUUAUCAUAGCUGUUGCACCAGCUUUGGCGAUUGAGGCCACAGGGCUGCUGCUCGUGGCGGUUGGCAGCUGUACAACAGGGUUUCUGAUGAGUUUGUUAGGCGCAGCAGUGCAGCCGGGUGAGGUGAGCUUAGUGUACAGCACGGCGCUGAUGCUCAGCAUUGUGGUACGGAGUCUUAUGGGACCAGUGGCUAGUAUGCUGUUUGUGAAGGGCCUGGAGCUGGGGCGGCAUUGGAUGGGCCUGCCAUUCGCAGCAGCGGCUGUGCUGAUGGCAGGUAUGGCUAUAGCGAGCGGCUUCAUCUGUUUAGAGAAGAAGGAUCCUGUCGAAGAGCACUCUUUUUAA